AAGAAGAUUAAGAAGAAGAUUAAGAAGAAGAAGAAGAAAGAGCCUAAGGUGGUGUUCUGUCUCUGCAUCGAGUGUUCUUCGUUCCUUUUUUACGAUAACGUGUCUACUGGAACAACCGAGUCAUUGUCCAUGAAUUGCAGAGAAGUUGUUUUUGCAGUAGAUUGAUCCGAGCGUCGCAACGAAGCGGACUAUGUCAACGAAUAAAACAAAGAAAGUUAAAAUGGCCACAAAAUCUUGUCCUGAAUGCGACCAACAGAUUCCAGUUGCAUGCAAGUCCUGUCCAUGUGGUUAUGUAUUCAUUAGCAGAAAGCUCCUGAAUGCCAAGUUAAACGAACGCUCAUCAGCAAUAGCAGAUAAACUGGAUUUUAAGCGGAGGAGGACAGAGCGGAUUCGCAGAGAGAGAAUCGACUCUCCACUAACCAGUGACAUGGAGAACAAGAGGACGUCCCGGGCAAACAGUCAGUCAGAUCCUAUCCGUCGGGGACGGGGCAGACCAAAGUCUGUGGGUCUGAAGAAACAGGAAGAGGAGAAAGAGAAGCAAGAAAAGGAAGUGGAUAUUUACGCUAGUCUCUCUGAUGAGAAGGCCUUUGUAUUCUCUGUGGCCUUGGCUGAGAUCAACCGAAAAAUCCUUGGUCAGAGACUCAUCUUAUAACCAUGGACUUAUUACAAGAAAACUGUGAGAACCAAAGACAGGACUGAACUGGCUGAUGCCGACUUUUAUACCUGAAUGCUUCACUUUUACAACGCAACACAGUCCACUAUAAAAAAAAAAGCUUCAGAUUAAAGUAACAAAUCUUCAGCACCUUAAAUUGUACAUUUGGAGAUGGAGAAGUGUGGUGGUGCUGUUGUAAUGUGCCAGGCUAAACAUCAUUUGUAUAUAAAUUAGUAGCAAACAUUUUUUGUGAAGUAAGAUUAAACAAAUACAUUAUAUAAACUCUUAAUAAUCAGAACAGAUGAUCCUGUUCAUUUGAUCUCUGCAUCAGAUGAACACAAUGAACAGUGAACUGAACAAUCGCUCUGAAGCCUUUGUCAAACUCCAUUAAAUGACGAUGUUGUGA